GACUCGCCGGCAAUCUGCGCCGUGCGGCUAUGGUAUGACCAGUCGUAUACCCUCUGCCAUUGUUCUCAAAGGUUUCUCAUCGCGCAACACUCAUGUCUUAUCUUCGUAGCUGGUUUUCUUCUGAUACUACUGCACAUAAUACCCAGCAUACACCUACACCACAAUCUAACUCUCUUUCUGUUACCGCACCUCUUUUGAACAUAUCGCCACCACCAUCAGACGACGACGACGAUACAGAGAAAGAAGAUGACACACCUCCAGCUUUUCCAAGUCUUUCCAGUGCUCAACGUGCUGCUCCCAACUUAAAGAUACCUACCAUACUCUCCGAUUCUGCACUAAUGCCACCACCACCUCCGCCAAACUUGGCCAAACGCCAACCAAGGGCACCACAGCCAGCUUCAUCUUCGUCUUUACUUUUUCCAUUGGGUACGAUUCGGAGACCACCGAAUCCAAAAAAAAUGAGGGAAAAGGUGGCACUGGCUCCCGGGUAUGGUCCACUGGACUGGGCAAAUUUGAAGGCAUCAGGUGCAGAUUUACGAGGCGUCGAUACCCUAUUGCGGAUAUCACCUUCGAUAUUAAAAUUACACAAUAAGAAAGAAGAUGCAUGGACAGCUAUUAAUGGCAAAGUGUACAAUAUCACACCAUAUAUGCCUUUCCACCCAGGAGGUGAGAAGGAGCUCCUACGAGUCGCUGGCCGAGAUGGAACUAAACUUUUCAUGCUCACGCAUGCCUGGGUCAAUGCGGAUUUCAUGCUUGAUACAUGUCUAGUUGGUUUUCUGGUCUCAGAGCCAGCUACAUAAAAUGAACUAUCCCCUAGAUCUCAUUUGCUUCGGAUUGUAUUAUCUCAAUCACCUCAAUGUCCUACAUCGUAGAUGUAUGUACCGUUCAUGUUUCUCGUCCGGACUUGGGACGUUUUGGGACUAUCGAUGUGACUACAACUACAAUGGGAUAUAAAGAAGAACUUAUCAUAGGCUAAUUUUAUCGGUCGAUAUCAAAAACGGCCAUCGCACAGAAAAUGCAGAUAGCAGACUUCCAGCUGAAUUGUCAUCUUUAUAUUGAAGCUU